CACGAGCUUGCCCUGACAUGUGUGCUAUUCUGAGCAGGCAGACAGACAGAGCUUGAGGAGUGCAGGGCGUGAGCAGGCAGAUGCCGCAAGCAAAGAAGAAAAGUACAGCGCCCCUGACCCCAGCGCCCCCUGGCCGUGCCCAAGGCCGACUACACCGCCUGCCGUCGCCCGCGCUGUGCUGUGCCUGUGGCUUGUGCUUGCUGCUGGCGGGCCUGAACGUGACCCUGGUGGGAGCUUUCGCCGUCUCCCUGCCCGGGCACAACGCACCACUGGUGGUGGGACCGGCGCUGCUUGUGCUGGCUCUCGGCUUCUUCGCUGCUUGCUGCAUGUGCAGCCGCCGGGGGCCCGUGUCCCGCGCUCGCUCCUCAGCCACCGCGAGCCAGGGCGGCGGGCGCGCAGGGACCGUGGCACUGGAGAUGGAGAGCAGCGAGCGCACAGCCCAAGACACGACCGCAGUGCAGUUCAGUCCUGCCGCCUCGGCAGCAUCCUCUGGCCACUCCAGCCCCGGGCCCGGUCUCUUUGCCCUGGACCCUCCUACGCCGGCAACCUCGGCAGGCUACUUACCGCGCACCGAAGGGACCCAGCUCAACUUCCCUAGGGACCUGGCUGCCUCCUAGUGGGCCAGGAGAAGGGAGGAGGGGUAACGCCAAGGACUGAGCACAAGUGGCCUCAUCUGUCCCAUCUCUAGAACUUCCAAACGGAGAGUGUAGUGAUGGCAUUGGCUCUCACACCUCCAAGAAGACAGCAGACCUUUGAUCUCUUGGGUGGGGUCUCUAAGCUCUACUUCAUCCUCUCUUCUCCUCUCCACAAUGAUGAAACUGGAUCUGUAAACCUGUUCCAUCCCACGGUGUUUGAGCACUAUGGAGGAAGCCUCAUCCAACGGAAGGGAUCCAGUCAGGCCCUCGGGGUAGAAAGAGGGAUGAAGGUCAAACUAGCUAUUCCAGACCCUUUCUGUGUGACAAAGGUCAGGAGAGCUGAGCUGGGGUCCUCAGUGGUGAUGAGGCUUUCCAAUCCUGAAGGUUCCGGCGUGCAUUUUCACUGCCAGCAACACCCGCCCCCAUGACUGUGCCAUACUGUGUGUUUCAGCUGGGCCUCACUCCUCAAUAAAGCACC